AUGAAGCCUCAAUAUUUUUUACUUCUAAGCAGUCCUGGAGCCGAAAAGGUCCAGUUCGCGCAUCAACUAUGUUCUAAAGAACAGUAUGAAUAUAUUUCUGUUGUAAAUUUGAUGCUAGUUGCUUCAGCCAAAGCUAUGAUUCCAAAUUCUCAAAUGGACGAGGAAACUAGAACAAUAUACUUAGAUCUCUUCCAAAUGGUUCAGCACCGACAGGAAAUUCCUGGAAAUAUGAUGGCCUGGUUAAUCAACCAAAAAAUCUCGGAAGAUCCAUCGAAAACAUAUAUAAUUGACGGUUUUCCACAUACUUCUGAUGAAUUAGAUGAUCUUUUUGCAAUUGAUGCUCAUUGCAAAGGAGCAAUUUAUUUACAGCUUCGAGAUUCAGAGAUAAAAGAGAAACUAUUGCAGGAAAAAGUAUUGAACAAUAAUCAAAAGAUAAAUGAUGCAUAUAUAUCGAAAUAUAUCACUAAUUUUCAUGCAUCAUUUGAUCCAAUCCUUUCACAAUUCCGUGUGACAGGAAAACUGAUAACGUUAGAUCCGAGGAAAUCUAUUGAUGAAUUGGUUUCACUUGCCGAUGAGGAAAUUACACGAAUAAAUGAAGAAGCAGAUUCAGAAUAUGAAGAAGAUGUAGAAUAG